AGUUUUUGUGCUUCUAUUUGGAUAUCUUAUUGCAUUGAGUCCGUCAAUAUGACAAACAAUGAUUAUGCUUUACUGGUUGAAUGGUGUGCAUCAAUCAAUAUGAAGUUCAAUGAGCUUGAGAGAAAUUUAAUCAAAUGGAAAUCCAAAUUAGCAACAUUAACUUUGCAAAGUGACAACAAUAAAACUUGGAUUCAUUUGAGUUUAAAAGAUAUUAAAGAGGAAACUAAUGAUGUUAUUCGUUUGAUGGGCUUAAUUCAAACAUCUUUGGCUGACAAAGAUCCUCGAUCUGAUUAUUACAAGUAUGGCAUCGAUGAGCUUAAAUAUUUCACAUAUAAUUGGGAAUUUAUUUUACGACCAGAGGUUGAAAAGAUUUAUAAUCAACAUGAGAAAUUUAUUAUUCAGGAUAAAAGUCAAAGUAGCGCUGAGGCUUUUACAGAUAAUACCAACGCUUUGAGGCAACUGGGUGAGACUUUACAGGAAAAUGAGAAGCUUAUGCGCUUCAUAAAUGCACAUAUCUAUGAGACUCGAGACUCGGUGAUUAACAUUAAGGAAUUGAGUGAUCAAAGUCUACAUCAUAUUCAACAAGGAAGAAUCAACAUAGCUGGAGCUAAAUUGGCACAAAGAGCCUCUAAUGGUGCGACAGCAACUUCCAUUAAAAUCAUCGAUUUUUCCGAUCUUGAUUAA